AUGGAUUUAAGAUUAACGAGGCCACGUAAACGCGGCGUCGCGGCGGGGGCCGGGGCGCGCGCCGUGUUUACAUGCGGGUGCAGGCGGCGGGUGCAGCGGGCGGGCGAUCGAUCGCUGGGCGGGGCGGGCGCGGGGCGCGGGCGGCGGGCGGCGGGGGGCGGGGCUCGCGCGCGCCGGCCGCCAGUCCGCCUCGGGGCCGCGUCCGCGCGGUCGUCGCCUGAUCCCGCGGUGCGGCGCGCCGGAGUGUCUCCGCGGGCGCCCGGCGGCGGCGGCGAGCCUCGCGCCGCCCGCCCCCGCGCUGAUGCCGCUGCCGGCCGCAGCCGCAGCGCCCCUCACGCCCCCCGCGCCCCUGCCGCCGGCCGGCGCCGCGCGCGCAGCCUGCUCUGCCGCGACCUAGCCGAGCGAGCCCCGCCGCCCGCGCACCCCGCGCCUCGCUUGCGUCCCGUGUUCCUGUGGGCGCGCCAGCGCGACGGCACCGUGCAAGAGGUCCGCUGUGAAGAUUACGAUCCGCGUAACCGAAUUCGUAUCGCGCGUACCCCGACCGGUUGGCGAGUUAUCCCGCGUACGGAAAUCUUUGACUCUAUCCUAGUGAAGGGCGCGCCGGCGCGCGACCCCCCUGAGCCCAGCGCUCCCCAGGACCGGCGCCGGCGCCGACGUUCCAGAAGGCCGCGGAGGCGGCGCGCGGACGCGUCAGCGCCCGCGCCCGCCUGGCUAGCGCCCGACCUGGAGUCGCACAUUCCCUCUCACACCAUCGCGGUGCCGCGAGCACCGCCCGCGCCGCCCGAGCCUACUCCGCUCGAGAAUCUGCUCGCGGUGGCGGAGCUGGAGUUCAACCAGCAGCGCGGUGAAGAAGCGCUCGACGGAGGAGGUGGCGCGUGA